AUGGAGACAGUGCAAACACAUCAUGAUGGAACGAAAAGACGCAAAAUUUCUACUGGUUCACAUACGUUCAAAAAGGGAAAUAUAACCCUCCUCCGGAUUUGGAACUUCACCACUUACUCUUAUGGCGAAUUCAAGCUUUCGCCCACACUCAACAUGAUCAUAGGCCCAAAUGGAACGGGAAAGUCAACGUUUGUCGCGGCUGUUUGUUUGGGAUUAGGAGGGAGAGUGGAUUUGAUCAAGCGGAAGAAUAUGGAUUCCAUGAUUAAGUCUGGUGAGAAAGAGUGUCGUAUUGAAAUCACUUUGAAAGACGAGGAAGGUUCACCCGAUGUGGUGAUUGAAAGGAUAUCUCACUUGAAACUGGUGAGGUCUACUUGGAGAAUAAAUGGAGAGAGUACUGACGUCAUGUCAGUAAGACAAACAGUGAGAAGUCUCAAUAUUCAGUUGGAUAACUUGUGUCACUUUUUGCCCCAGGAACGUGUUGCAGAAUUUGCUUCUCUCGCACCCGAAAAACUCCUUUUGGAGACAGAGAGGACAAUAGGAGAUAGUUCAUUGCUUCAGCAGCAUCAACUUUUAAUCGAACUAGAUGAGAAAUGGGUAGAAGUAUCUAAAAAGGCUGAAUCACUCGAAGAAACAGUGAAGGAUCUUGAGGCAGAUGUGGAAAAGUUCGAACAAGAAGCUCAAAAGUACCAGGAGUAUGAAGUGAAGCUGAAAGAGAUCCACAGUCAUCGAAAACUUUUACCUUACGCCAAGCUCCAAGAUGUUAAAGAGCAAAUGAAGCACUUGAAAGAGGUCAGAGACCGAGCAAAACAAGAGCUUCAGGAGUUUUCUACCAAUAGCAAACCGCUUGCCACUCAUAAGAAAGUGGCGGAGAAUAGUAUGAAAAAAAUUGAUGCAUCUUUAAAAGCUCUAAAAGAAACCAUUGCUAGUUUGACUAAAAACACUGAGGAUGUUUCUGCAAAAGCUACGAAAUGUCUAGAGGAAAUCGAGGAAAUGAAAAAUGAGAUUGAAUCUCUCCAAUCGCGUACAGAGAACCAAAAGAGAGAACUUCAAAAAGCCAUACACGAAAAGGAGGAAAUGUCGAGGAAGGUAAACAAGUUGGAUGUUGUUGACGAAGACGAAAUUUCGUCAUUGUCUGCAAGAAGGGAAGCCAAGCAUGAAGAGAAAUCAAAAGUAGAGGAAACCUAUGAUGCCAUUAAAUUUGAAAUGAACUCCGAAAAGCGUCAACUUGAAGCAUGCGAGCUGUCCUAUAGAGAGGUACUCCGGAAGUUUCAAAAAUAA